AUGGGCCCUGCCUCGUUAACUGGUCGUGUGGCGCUGGGCUCGAUCACCACUGUGUCCUUGCGGUUCCUCUCACUGCUGUACUCACACAAACCAAUAUCACAGCAACCCCUCCUCACCACCCUCCCCACCGCACCACCCCCCCUCCUCACCACCCGUCCCCCUCCCACCAACCCCCCCUCCACCACCCCGCCCCCUCCGCACCACCCGCCCCACCCCCUCCUCACCACCCGCCCCCUCCUCACCACCCGCACCCCCUCCUCACACACCCGCCCCCCUCCUCACCACCCGUCCCCCUCCGCACCACCCGCCCCUCCUCACCACCCGUCCCCCUCCUCACCACCCGUCCCCCUCUGCACCACCCGCCCCCCUCCUCACCACCCGCCCCCCUCCUCACCACCCGUCCCCCUCCGUCCGCCACCCCCCCCCCCUCACCACCCGCCCCCCUCCCCUCCUCACCACCCGCCCCCCUCACCAACCCGCCCCCCUCCUCACCACCCGCCCCCUCUGCACCACCCGCCCCUCCGCACCACCCGUCCCCCUCCGCACCACCCGCCCCCUCCUCACACCCGCCCCCUCCUCACCACCCGCCCCCCUCACCACCACCACCCCCCUCCGCACCACCCGUCCCCCUCCGCACCACCCGCCCCCCUCCUCACCCCCCGCCCCCUCCUCACCACCCGUCCCCCUCCGCACCACCCGCCCCCUCCUCACCCCCCGCCCCCUCCGCACCACCACACUCAACUUUCACAUUUAAACUGUGGACAACUUGUCAAGUAA